ACAAGAAAAUAUAAGAUGCCUCAGUCGUUGCAGUCAUUUCUUCUGUUGUCAAUGGGAAAAAAUUAUUCUUAUUCUUACUUCAAUGCCAUUGCCAACCGCUGGAAUUUUACUUUUUUGCCUCAAGUUUUGGUUUUCCUUUCAGCUCAUACGCCAAGUACUGGAAAUUCAUUCACUUUUCUUCUCCAAAUUACUUGAGAAAACAGAAUCUGUCUAGUUUGAGUUAAUUACUCUGAGAACUGCCAAUCAAAGUGUGUCGCUAAGAGAGAAGAAAAGCUUAGGCCGAGGAGGAUGCGUGGAGGAGCAAGGGGACGGGGUGAGGAGUCGGAGGAUGAAGAGUUUGAGGAGUCGAGAAAAAGACCAUUUACUUGUAAGAGGAUUUUUUCACUGUUGAAAAAUGAUCAGUCGAGCUGGAGUGGACUUGACAGGGACAAUGUUAGUCGUAGCAGGGGGGCUUCUCGUCCACAUGGAUUCAUCAUUUAUCCUGAUGACUGGUGGUACGUGGUGUGGACGCAUUUCAUACUCGUAUGGGCAAUAUACUCCUCCUUCUUUACUCCCUUGGAAUUCGGCUUUUUCAGAGGACUCCCGCAGAAUCUUUUCCUCUUGGACAUCGCUGGCCAGGUCGCUUUUCUCUUCGACAUUGUUGUCCGAUUCUUCCUUGCCUAUCGCGACCCUCACUCCUACCGCAUGGUCUGCGAUCGCAAGCUCAUCGCCCUCAGGUACUUGAAAUCCCGUUUUACUGUUGAUUUUCUUGGAUGUUUGCCCUGGGAUGCUAUUUACAAGGUCUGUGAGCGAAACGAGCCUAUUAGAUACAUGCUAUGGAUUAGGCUAAGUCGGGCUUUGCGAGUGACAGAGUUUUUUGAGAAGUUGGAGAAAGAUAUUCGGAUCAAUUACCUUUUCAUCAGGAUUGUGAAGCUUCUUGUUGUUGAAUAUUAUUGCACGCAUGCAGCUGGUUGCAUCUUUUACUAUCUUGCUACUACAGUUCCUCCCUCCAAGGAAGGCUACACAUGGAUAGGAAGUUUACAGAUGGGUGAAUAUCAUUAUUCAAAUUUUAGAGAGAUUGAUUUCUGGAAGCGUUAUAUAGUAUCUCUCUAUUUUGCCAUUGUUACCAUGGUAACCGUUGGCUAUGGAGACGUACAUGCUGUCAAUGUCAGAGAGAUGAUAUUUGUCAUGAUUUAUGUUUCUUUUGACAUGAUUCUUGGUGCUUAUCUGCUUGGUAACAUGGCAGCAUUGAUAGUAAAAGGAUCAAAGACAGAAAGAUUUAGGGAUAAAAUGACUGACCUUAUUAAAUACAUGAAUAGAAAUAAUCUUGAAAAGCAAAUAAGUAAGGAGAUUAAAGGCCACCUAAAAUUACAGUAUGAUCGCAGCUAUACUGAGGCAACUGUUCUUCAAGAUAUUCCAGCUUCUAUUCGCACUAAGAUCUCACAGAAAUUAUAUGAGCCAUUCAUCAAAGAAGUUUCUCUAUUCAAGGGAUGCUCAACAGGAUUCAUUAAGCAGAUUGCAAUUAAAGUCCAUGAGGAGUUUUUUCUUCCGGGCGAAGUGAUUAUUGAACAGGGAAAUGUAGUUGACCAACUCUAUAUUGUUUGUCAUGGAAAAGUGGUGGAAGUAGGGAGAGGCAAAGACGAUGAAAAUGGGGAUCUCUUUACGGAUCUCCAAACUUUUAGCUCUUUUGGUGAAGUUUCUUUCCUUUGCAACACUCCUCAGCCUUACACAAUCCAAGUUUGUGAGUUGUGUAGGGUGUUACGACUUGAUAAACGAUCAUUUACAGAGACGGUUGAGAUAUUCUUCUUUGAUGGACGGAUUAUCUUGAACAAUCUUCUUGAGUCUUUUGAUUUACAGGGAAAAGAUUCCAAUAUGCAGAAUGAAAUAUUGGAGUCAGAUGUUAACCUUUAUAUUGGAAAGCUUGAAUCUGAACUAGCUGCAAGGUUGAAUUGUGCUGCCUACCAUGGAGAUUUAUAUCGAUUGAAACUUCUGAUUGGAGCUGGCGCAGAUCCUAGUAAGACAGACUAUGAUGGAAGAUCACCCUUGCAUAUUGUUGCAUCCAAAGGAUAUGAAGAAAUUACUGGUUUUCUUAUUGAACAGAAAGUAGACAUUAACAUUUCGGAUAAGUUUGGGAACACUCCUUUGCUUGAAGCUGUCAAGCAUGGGCAUGACCAAGUUGCUUCUUUACUUGUUCAAGCGGGAGCAUUACUCACAAUGGAUGAUGCCAGUGGUUUUCUCUGUAUGACUGUUGCAAGAAGGGAUUUGGAUCUCCUAAAACGUGCUUUGGCUUGUGGCAUUGAUCCAAAUGCCAAAAGUUAUGAUUACCGAACAGCGCUUCAUGUUGCUGCCUCAGAAGGGCUAUAUUUAGUGGCCAAAAUACUUCUAGAAGCAGGAGCUAGCGUUUUCUCAAAAGACAGAUGGGGAAAUACUCCACUUGAUGAAGCCCACAUAGUUGGAAAUAGGAAUUUGAUUGGAUUGCUUGAAGCUGCAAGAGCUUCUCAGAUGACUGAGUUCUCUGAUUGUCCUCAACAAAUUCGAGCUGAGAUGUGGAAGAAGAAAUGCACGGUUUUCCCAUUUCACCCAUGGCAUCAAAAAGAGGAGCGAAGACAGGGAGUUGUCUUAUGGGUGCCGCAGAGCAUGGAAGAACUAAUCAAGGCGGCGAAGGUGGAGUUAGAAUGUGGUGAUAGUUCCUGCAUUUUGUCGGAGGAUGGUGGUAAAAUUCUUGAUGCCAAUAUGAUUAGUAAUGAUCAAAAGCUAUUUUUGGUUAAUUAGUCUUAAUUCAUGAAUAAUUCUUACUUAACAAGUUGUACUACUUCUGAUACUUAUAUAAAAGUUGUAGUCAAAUGAUUGCAUUUAAGAUUUAUAUAUAUAUAUAUAUAUAUAUGUUUGUGAGAUGGAAUCAUUGUUGAUUAAAAACAAAAUGUAAAUUAAUCCAUCAGUAAUUGAUGUAAGAGUGAUUUUUUUUUUUUUUUUCACUUCAAUAGAAUGAUCUAUACCGUCAUGUUUAACCAUUAUUUUGUCUAAUUAACAUCUUUUUAACCCUUCUAAUUUGCAUCUUUUUAACGCAUUAUUACCCAACCUUUU